ACCACGCUACUAACUAACCCACCCGCUUCAUAAAUCUCCGAGCAAUUCGAAAUUCCAAAAUCCCCUUCUGCUGCCUCGGCUCGCCGCACCGCAGCGCAGCUUCUCCGCCGACCUCCUGCCCAGAACCCUAAUCUCCGGCCGGCCAUGGCGGCGCCGCGCGAGCUGGACCUCUCCGACGAGGUCGAGGGCGAGCAGGACUGCACCACCGACUUCGUCUUCCGCCUCGCCGGCGACCCCGUCCCCGUCCUGCCCAGGGCCUCCGCCCCGCUCCCCCUCUUCGACCUCCAGUCCCCGCCCGCGCGCCCGCUCGCCGUCUCCAACCGCCACGCCGCCGUGUUCCUCGCGCACCCCAACGGGUUUAUCGCCGCGCGGACCAAGGCGUUGCUCGAGGCCAGCAAGGAGGCGCGGGAGAAGGGCAAGGCGAGCACCCGCUGCGCGCAGGACUGCUGCGUCGCUGACGUGCCCCUCCCCGGCGCCUCCCUCCUAGCGCUCUCGCGCGACGAGUCCGUGCUAGCUGCCUGCGCCGGCAGCGAGAUCAAAUUCUUCUCGGUUACCUCGUUGCUCACGGAUAAGGAUGUUGAGCCGUCCUCAUCAUGUAGCCUGGGACAAUCUGGCACUGUUAAAGAUUUCAAGUGGCUAAAUCACGCCUAUAUUGUACUCUCAAAUGGUGGACUGCUAUCUCAUGGGAGUUUGGGGGAAGAAGACCUCAAGGAUGUGAUGGAAAAUGUUGAUGCUGUUGACUGUUGCAAGGACGGGAACCACAUUGCUGUUGCAAGAAAGAAUUCACUCAGGAUAUUAUCCUCAGAUUUGAAGGAAACAUGUUGCAUGACCCUCUUGUUUCAGUUGUGUUCUGAGGGUGAUUCAGAGGGCACUGACAUCAAAGUGGAUUCCAUUGGUUGGGUGCGCGAUGAUAGCAUUGUUAUUGGUUGUGUUCGAUUGGAUGAAGAAGGCAACGAAGUGGGUUAUCUGAUCCAAGUUAUAAGAAGCGGAGGCAAAACAUUUUUUGAGAGCUCAAGCAAGCCAGUUGUUUUUAGCUACGAUUUUUUUGGAGGUAUCAUGGAUGAUAUUUUACCAUCUGGAGUUGGACCAAAUUUGCUGUUGGGCUAUCUUCAUCGCUGGGACCUCAUGGUUUAUUCAAAUAAAAAGAGCACGGAUGACCACAUUUCACUUUUGAGAUGGCCAUCCAUAACUGACGAUGAAAAAACUGUGGUAUACCUUGAAAUGGUGGAGGAUAAAUAUAGUCCUAGGAUUGAUCUGCAAGAGAAUGGUGAUGACAAUGUUAUAUUGGGAUUUGGUGUGGAGAAUGUUUCGUUAUUUCAGAAGAUCACAGUACUGGUUGGACCUGAACAGAAGGAGGUUGCUCCUCAACAUCUUCUACUUUGUUUGACUAGUGAAGGGAAAUUAGUUAUUUAUUAUCUUGCCAGGAUUUCUGAUCCUUCUGAUUUACCUCAAACAACUCCGUCGUCUAUUGAAGAUAGUAAUGUGAAUAAACAAAUUUCUCCUGCAACUGUAUCUGGAAAGGAUUUGACUCCAAUUGUUACAAGCUCGAUGGCCAAGAGCCUGCUCACAGAACCUGGGGCUGAGCCAUCUACAUCUAGUGCACAGGCAGAGAGAGACCAGCAUGGAUCAAGAGAUACGGAGAUCAGUCCCCCAGUUUCGAAAAAUAAGGACGCAGCUGGCAGUUCAUUGUCUAUCAUUUCCGAUAAGUCAUUAAAUACCAAGCAAAUGAACAUGGAUUCCCCAUUUGCACCUCCCUCGAGCUCAGCACCAACAAGCAACAUGAAACCUGGAAUGCCAUUCAGCUUUUCUACUGCUAAUAAUGUUGGUCUGAAUUCAACAGGAAGCAAGGGAUCUAGUGAAUUAAUUUCUUCCUGGCAACCAAACAACAACAGCAGUUUUGCAAACAGCCAACUUGGUAAAAGUAGUUUGGAUUCAGCCAAACCACUGGGAGCAUUUGGGGGAUCUCAGAACACUACAAAAGGUGGUGGUAGCCUUACUUUUAAAUCAUCAUUGUUCAGCUCUGAUGGGUCAGUUCCAGUUAAGACCGCGGAAAAGAAUGAUGGUACUGGUUUUGGAAGCUACUCGGGACAAACCAGCUACACUACUGAGAGAAAAGUUCUUGGGUCCUCAGCUGGCUUAAGUCCUGCGCCAUCGUUGCCGAUUUCUCCAAAUAAACCGGCUGGAUCUUCAUCUGCUGGGUUUAGGGCAGGAAAUCUCGAAGUACUUCCUACCUCCCGUGGAUCACCUCUGCCACAGCAAACCAUUGGUAAAUCACAUAGCAAUCGGACUCAUACGUCACCGGAUCCAAGAAAUGUCAAGUUAGGCACAAUGUUUGACACCGAACAAGAUCUAUCUAAAAAGUUCUACAGUAUAAAUGAUAUGACCGAGGAGUUAGACACCCUCCUGGCAUACAUAGAAAAAGACGGUGGUUUCAGAGAUGCUUGCAUAACUUUGCAGCAGCGUCCUCUUUCAGUUCUUGAGGGUGAACUGCAAAACUUUUUGGAAUUAUUGCAGGUCUUCAAGAACAAAUUAGAGGAACAAUGUUUAAAAGCUGAUGAUCUGCGAAAUAAGAUGUUCCAAGUUUCUGCUAGGCAAGCUUAUAUGAAGGGAAUUCUCAGUCAGUCUUCAGAUACUCAGUACUGGGAUAUCUGGAACCGCCAGAAAUUGAGUCCAGAAUUUGAAGCGAAAAGGCAAAAUAUUCUCAAAGCUAAUCAGAAUUUGACAAAUCAGCUGGUAGAGCUGGAGAGGCACUUCAAUAAUCUGGAGAUGAACAAAUUUGGUGAAACAGGAAGAGUUGCUUCUAGUCGUAGAGUUGUUUAUUCCAACAAGCCACGGUCUAGCCAGACACAAUUAUCCAGUGUGUACAAUGCAUUGAAUUCGCAAUUAGCUGCAGCUGAGCAACUAUCUGAAUGCCUUUCAAAGCAGAUAUCUGUACUAAAUAUAAGUUCUCCUUCUAAGAAGCGAGGGACAGUGACCAAAGAGUUGUUUGAGUCAAUUGGGCUAGCCCAUACGACAGAUGCAACUAAAUUUUCAGGCGUUACCCCUUCCAAGUUAAAUCAGAGGUUUCCAUCCACAAAAGAACACGCUAAGGGCAUGCUGGGACCUUCCAAGAGUGCUGAGCCUGAGACUGCCCGAAGGAGGAGAGAGUCACUGGAUAGGAGUUUGGCUAGCUUGGAGCCUCAGAAAACUACCGUAAAGAGAAUAACGCAACAUCAACGCCUCAAGAUCAGCAGUGAUCUUCCAUUCAGGUCAAACAAGAAAAUGUUUGAUUCUCAAAUGGCAGCUAUCUCCCGAGAAACUCUUAGUGGUAGCCCCAGUUCAUCCUUAGUAGAAUCAUAUACUAGCAGGCUGCGUUCUCCAGCUGAAGUGCUGGAUGAGAAAACAAAAACGUCAGAACCCCAGCAUAACUCUUUGUUCAAAUGGGUAAAGGAACCGGCUGGGCCAUCUCAAAGCUCGGAGCAAAAGCAUCUUGAGUUACCAGGGCGAAUGAAAAGUGCUGAUCUGUCUUCAAAGGUUGUGACAUCUUCACCGGCAUCAUUCAGUUACACACAGAAGGAUACAAGGGAUAGGAUCAGCUCACCCAAUGUUUCACCCUUCGGAACAACUCAUACUGUGCCUAAGUCAAAUACUCUGACCUUCAAAACAACAAUAACUCCUAAAAUUAAUGCCAAUACACGACCAGAUAUGUCAUCAUCAGUGACAAGCUCACUGCCUUCAAAAACUUUGUCUGGGGAAUCUGGAGCUGGAUCUACCUUGACUACAAAGAAUAGACAUAGUGACCAGGAUGUGCCAUCUUUUGGAAGCAUCAAAGGGUUGGGCAUUUCUCCACAGAAUAUGGGUGCUAAUAAACCUUCUUUGUCUUCUGAACCUUCUAAGCCUGUUGUGUUGCAUGGGAAGACUUCUCAACUUAGUGGAGUCAGUGAUACUGUGCAGAACUCAGCCAAAGCUUCACCUCAGGUGGCACUACAACCUCAUGCAUUUUCACCAGCAUCACAAUCGUCUUCAUUCUCUAUCAUGUCAGGUGCUUCCUCUUUAGCUGCAUUGCCCUCAUCAACAUUGCAAGGAUCAGCUGCAAAGACUUCAGAUGCUUCAUCUUCAACUGUUUCUUCCAUACCCCUAUCACAGAAAUCAAUGUCAGGAACUUCGCCAACAGUACCUCAGGGUACCGUGUCUAGCUCCAUACCAUCUAUACCAACACCUGCUAGGGAGUCAUCACCUGGCUUGAAUAAAAAUGUAUCUAAACCUGAAGUGGUGGCAUCAGAGGUGACUGGAACGACAACCCCUUUAAGUGCUCUCUCAACAGGCAUAUCUACAACUGAAAGCACAACUGCAUUGCUUCAAAUGACCAGUAGCAGCUUACCUUCUAAUCCUCCAUCUAUGCCUAAGAUUGUGCCAGGGUCAACAGAAUCUGCUGUUAUCACUUCCACAAGAAAAGAUGCAGGAUCAAGCAAUCUCUCAUCAGAUGAAGAGGAUAUGGAUGAGGAGUCUCCUGCAAGAGCAGAUCUCAACUUGGGAGCCCUUGGUGGGUUUGGUCUUGGGUCUGCACCUUCUUCAAGUCCUAAAAAUUCAAAUCCUUUUGGGGGUACAUUUGGUACAUCUGACAGUAAAUCCUCAGGUUCACCAUUUACUUUGACCACCAGCCCAGGACAGCUUUUCCGUCCAGCAUCAUUGAGCAUUCCUUCAUCUCAACCAGCACAGCCAUCUCAAUCAACUAGCUCAAGUACAUUUUCUAGUGCAUUCUCAAGUGGCCUUAGUGGAUUUGGACAGGCUGCACAGGUUGGAGCAGGGCAGCAGUCGGGAUUUGGGCAGUCUGCACAGAUUGGAGCUGGUCAGCAGGCAGGUUUUGGCCAGCCAACACAAACUCAGUCAGGAUUUGGUCAGCUAGCACAAAUUGGAUCUGCAAAACAGUCAGGAUUUGGGCAGCCUGCACAAAUUGGGGGUGGGCAGCAGUCGGGAUUUGGGCAACCUGCGCAGUUUGGUGCUCAGCAGGCGCUUGGAUCUGUUCUAGGUUCUUUUGGACAAUCACGCCAGUUUGGGGCUUUUGCUUCUGCACCUUCCAGUAAUUCUGGAUUUGCUGGUGCUGCAGCAGGUGGGGGCUUCUCUGCAGCUGCUACUUCUGCUGGUGGAGGGUUUGCUGCUGCUGCUACUGGUGGAGGGUUUGCUUCUCUUGCCUCCAAAGGUGGUGGUUUUGGUGCAGCAGCUUCAUCUGCUGGUGGUUUUGGGGGUGCAGCCCAGGGUGGUGGUUUUGGAGGUGCAGCCCAGGGUGGUGGUUUUGGAGGUGCAGCCCAGGGUGGUGGUUUUGGAGGUGCAGCCCAGGGAGGUGGCUUCGGAAGUGGUGGCUUUGGAGCUUUUGGCAGUAAUAAUCAAGGUGCCAGUAGUUUCUCGGCAUUUGGUUCGGGUGGCACCACUGGGCCUGGAGGACCCCCGGCAGAUUUUUUGACACAGAUGAGAAAAUACCCGUGGACUGAUGCUGAAAGAAUAUGUGCACGAACAAACAGUGAAGUUGCAGCAUUGGCUUCAAAGUUCACACUCAUCAUUCCUUCUGCCCUGCACUCGGAGAGGCUGGCCAGAAAUGCAGCGGAGACGCCGGAAUUGGAUUCUGAAUGUGUAAACAUAUCACUCAAGGAAUCUAAGAGAAGAGGCCUGCAAGUUCUCAGGCAACCAAAAGCUGCCAUGAGAAUGAGGUGCUCCCCUAGUCUCUCAAAGGAAAAGAUCGCGCUUCGCUUUCAGGCUUUCGCGCUUCUCACGCGCAACGCCAUAUCCAAGUCUUUGGUUACUAGAAAUAGCGGCACCGGUAAAAGCUGCAGAGGAUCUUGUCGGUCAGGAAUGUGCAGCCUGCAAGCAGAACAUUGUCAGUACAUGGCAGAACCUGAACAGAUGUAUCAUCAGCAACAGCAGCAGCUCCAUAGUCAUCGGCAGCACAUGUCCUCAAGGCCUAGCUUAUAUCCGGAGAAGAAAUUUCCCCUGAAAGGCCAAGGAGGGGCAGGAGGAGAUUCAGGGCUCAUCCUAUCGACGGAUGCGAAACCUCGGCUUAAAUGGACUCCUGAGCUGCAUGAGCGUUUUGCUGAUGCAGUGAGCCAGCUAGGAGGACCUGACAAAGCUACGCCGAAAGCAAUCAUGAGGGUCAUGGGAAUCCCGGGAUUAACUCUUUACCAUCUUAAGAGCCACCUUCAGAAAUUCAGACUUGGCAAGAAUCUCCAAUCUCAAGCUAAUACUGUCAAUGCAAAGAAUGUUUUAGGCUUCGCGGUAACGACAGAUAAAGCAUGUGAAGGACUGGCGUCACAAGCUGAUCACCUGAACCGAGAGACGCAAACCAGCAAGUCUGUGCACAUAAGUGAAUCCCUCCAAAUGCAAAUUGAGGUUCAGAGACGACUGCAUGAGCAAAUAGAGGUACAAAGACACCUGCAGCUCCGGAUCGAAGCUCAAGGCAAGUACCUACACUCUGUGCUGGAGAAGGCGCAGGAGGCGCUUGCGAAGCAGCACGUUGUCAACGGCCUCGCGGCGGCGUCAGAGGUAGCCUCUUCGGCGAGACGACGCCCGCUUCAGACCGACGGAUCGGCCGACGGCAGCUGCUUGACAGCGUCGGAGGACAUCCUCUCCAUUGGUUUCUCGGCAGCCGGUGCUGAUGCCGCACGGAGAGGGUCUGCCACGCCAUUCGAGGAGGAGGAGUGCUACCUGUUCCUAGGCAAGCCUGAGCGGCGGCGCCAAGAACGGCGGAGUGAGGUCACGACGAACGGGUGCGACGGUGGCGUGGCGUUCGAGACGGCGGCGGGGUUGGACCUGAGCAUCGGCGUCGUCGCGGACAGCAGGCGGCGGCCGCGCGGCGGCGAGAGGAUUGACCUGAACGGAUCAGGAUGGAACUGAGAGAGAGGGCGAGAGGCAUGGUGCAUGUCACGAAGUCGUCCUAGCUUGCAUUGAACAUGAUCAUGCAGAGGUUCAGAAGCAGUGGCUUCAAAUCCAGAACAGCAGAACACGAUUGAUGUGGUCUGUAUGCAGCAGCUGUGUUUCGGUGGAUCAAGUCAUUUUUGCCACACUACUGGCUGUAUAGUUCUAGUGCUCCUAUAUGAUUUCAGCCUCUUUCUGAUGUGAAAAAUGACAAUUUCGACA